AAGGGGAGCUGAGAGGCUGGAGGAGGAGGAAGAGGAGAGAGGGCAGCGGCGUGCGGAGGCUCUGGUGUGCUCAGUUGGACUGUGGCGAGCUAGAGGGCAGGCGUGCCGCCCCCUCCCCCGCCCGGCCUCCCCAACUCUGCGGCCGCGAGCAAAGUUUGCAAAGAGGCGCGGGAGGUAGCGGCCGCAGCCAGGCGGCAGCCGGGAAGGCGCACGGUCUCUGGGCUGGGGGCGGGGGCGGGGGGGGGGCGCCCAGGAGCUGGGUGGGGGGCGGCGGCCAGCAUGCGGCCCCGCAGCGACCUGCCCCGCCUGCUGCUGCCGCUGCUGCUGCUGCCUGCCGCCGGGCCAGCCCAGUUCCACGGGGAGAAGGGCAUCUCCAUCCCGGACCACGGCUUCUGCCAACCCAUCUCCAUUCCGCUGUGCACGGACAUCGCCUACAACCAGACCAUCAUGCCCAACCUUCUGGGCCACACGAACCAGGAGGACGCGGGCUUGGAGGUGCACCAGUUCUACCCGCUGGUGAAGGUGCAGUGCUCGCCUGAACUGCGUUUCUUCCUGUGUUCUAUGUACGCACCGGUGUGCACGGUGCUGGAGCAGGCCAUCCCGCCUUGCCGCUCCAUCUGCGAGCGCGCGCGCCAGGGUUGCGAGGCGCUCAUGAACAAGUUUGGUUUCCAGUGGCCCGAACGCCUGCGCUGUGAGCACUUCCCGCGCCAUGGCGCGGAGCAGAUCUGCGUGGGCCAGAACCACUCAGAGGAUGGAGCACCGGCGCUGCUCACCACCGCCCCGCCGCCGGGACUGCAGCCUGGUGCUGGUGGCACUCCGGGCGGCCCUGGUGGUGGCGGCGCUCCCCCGCACUACGCCACUCUGGAGCACCCUUUCCAUUGCCCGCGCGUCCUCAAGGUGCCUUCCUAUCUCAGCUACAAGUUUCUGGGUGAGCGCGAUUGUGCGGCGCCCUGCGAACCCGCGCGGCCCGACGGCUCCAUGUUCUUCUCGCAGGAGGAGACGCGCUUCGCACGCCUGUGGAUCCUCACCUGGUCCGUGCUGUGCUGCGCCUCCACCUUCUUCACUGUCACCACAUACUUGGUGGACAUGCAACGCUUUCGGUACCCAGAGCGGCCUAUCAUUUUUCUGUCCGGCUGCUACACCAUGGUAUCGGUGGCCUACAUCGCGGGCUUCGUGCUCCAGGAGCGCGUGGUAUGUAACGAGCGCUUCUCCGAGGACGGUUACCGCACCGUGGUGCAGGGCACCAAGAAAGAGGGCUGCACCAUCCUCUUCAUGAUGCUUUACUUCUUCAGCAUGGCCAGUUCCAUCUGGUGGGUAAUCCUGUCCCUCACUUGGUUCCUGGCAGCGGGCAUGAAGUGGGGCCACGAGGCCAUCGAAGCCAACUCGCAGUAUUUUCACCUGGCUGCCUGGGCCGUGCCGGCCGUCAAGACCAUCACCAUUCUGGCCAUGGGCCAGAUCGAUGGCGACCUGCUGAGCGGCGUGUGCUUCGUGGGCCUCAACAGCCUGGACCCGCUGCGGGGUUUUGUGCUUGCACCGCUCUUCGUGUACCUGUUCAUUGGUACAUCUUUCCUCCUGGCCGGUUUUGUGUCGCUCUUCCGUAUCCGUACCAUCAUGAAGCACGACGGCACCAAGACAGAGAAGCUGGAGCGGCUCAUGGUGCGCAUCGGCGUCUUCUCUGUGCUCUACACGGUGCCUGCCACCAUCGUCAUAGCCUGCUACUUCUACGAGCAGGCCUUCCGCGAGCACUGGGAGCGCUCGUGGGUGAGCCAGCAUUGCAAGAGCCUGGCCAUCCCGUGCCCGGCGCAUUACACGCCGCGCAUGUCGCCCGACUUCACCGUCUACAUGAUCAAAUACCUCAUGACGCUCAUCGUAGGCAUCACGUCGGGCUUCUGGAUCUGGUCCGGCAAGACGCUGCACUCGUGGAGGAAGUUCUACACGCGUCUCACCAACAGCCGACACGGCGAGACCACCGUGUGAGGGGGGCGCCGGGCGGGUUGUCCCUGUGGUUGGGACUGCAUCGAGCUUUCCUUCGUCCGGGUGGGGGCUCCUACGGACUCCUAUUUUAUUAUUAUUAUUUUUUUUUAAAUAAAGAAC